CAAUAACGACUUUAUUCAGUUACCCUUCUUCUCCAAUGUAACCCUAAUCAUAGUUCAUUUUUACUUGUUACAAUGUCACCAAGCAUCACCAACAACCUCAAACACAUCGAUACCCAAUUUCACGAACAAUCCCUCUUCUUCGAUGCCUCAGACUCUUUCGAUUCCAUUAUCAACGUUAACACUUCUACCCAAUCCAACAAAACACCGGAAUCUCCGUCAUCUUCUUCCUCCGCUGACGUCAAUCAUCCGCAACCUGUUCAUUCUGAUCACAAAAUUCCGAAGAAACUGAAGAACAGUGACAAAUUAAAACGUAAAUUAAGGUCCUCUAGGGUUCAUAAUUCUGCAGUUGCGUCUGUUGAUGAAGAUGACAGAAUCAAUGCAACAGAUUCUUCAGUUUCUGGUUCGAGUUUUCUUUUUUUAUUAGCUGGAUUAGUGAUCAAAAUGAUGGGGUUUCAGUUAAAUUUGUUUUUUGGUUCUGUCACACUUCCAAUGUGGCUAAUUUAUUAUUCUUACAUGUUCAUGAUUGAUCCAUUUAGGAGUAUAAAUCUUGUAAAAUGUUACAUUCUGAGGAAAGUUUCAAUAAUUUUGGGUAUGUGUUCUGGUUUUGUCAAAUGGGUUAUGCAGAUUUGGAUUAGAAAACAUGAAUCUACAUUGAGACUGUGUGUUCGAAUCGGGUGGGGGUUGUUGUGGUCGGUUUAUGUAGGGUUUGUUUUGUGUAGUCUGUUAGUUUUUGCAUUUGUUGUUAGUGGUGUUAUGUUGAAGUGUAUGAUUGAAGAGCCGGUUCAGAUAACCCGACAGUUGAGUUUUGAUUAUACGAAAGAUAGUCCUACAGCUUUUGUGCCGGUAAUGUCAUGUCCCAAGUCGUCGUUUUUGGAAUCUGGUGAACUGAUUUGGUAUGGGUGUGGUGCGGGAUCGCGGGUUAUACCUCUUGAUCAUAAAGUGCGUGGGACGGUGUCGUUAACUUUGCCGGAAUCGGACUACAAUAGAAAUCUUGGGAUCUUCCAGGUCCGGGUCGACUUUCUUAAUGGUGACGGUAAAUGCCUCUUUAGCACUAGACAGCCGUGUAUGCUUCGAUACAAAAGUCAACCCAUCCGCCUUCUGUUGACUUUUCUAAAGUUAGCACCUUUAAUCACCGGCUACUCAUCAGAAGCCCAAACGCUCAACAUGAAGUUUAGCGGAUAUACAGAAGGAACCGUUCCCACGUCCUGCUUGAGGGUAAUUCUGGAACAACGAGCCGAAUUCACACGAGGAGCCGGUGUUCCUGUCAUAUACGCAGCAUCUUUAAAGCUCGAGUCUGAACCACCGUUUUUGAAAAGGAUUUUGUGGUCUUGGAAAUGGACCAUAUACAUAUGGGUUGCGGUUAUGAUUUUUGUGGUCGAGUUAUUGUUCACCGUUGUAUGCUGCUGCACGCCAGUUAUCGUUCCACGGCUGCAGCCAAGGCGGGUCUAAUGCCUGUGGCUCCAAAGUUGCUAGCGGCUGGUGAUCUUGCAAUGGGUAAACUUGGUGCCUGAGUUGUAACUGGAUCGGAGUUUUUUUUGCACACAACCGGACUCUUCACAAAAUUUCUUUCUUGUAACAUAGUGUAAGUUUUUAAUAAUCAAAUUUCAUACGUAACAUUCUUUUAUUCUAA